AUUAGUCAUUGGAUUCAUGGUCAAUUGUGCUGGACGUAUUGAAACGCUGUAUUUCAUUGGUGGAGGGAUCAUAGUAGUGCCAACAGAAUAACAAAUAUUGCGUGUGCAAUGAAUCAUCCCAUGAUGUGUUCGUGGCGGAAUCGUGUUUGUGCGUUGUUUUUAUUCACACUGAUAUUAAUUACCGAUGGAUUCAAUCUGAACUGGAGAGAUGCUUUUGUGUUCCGUGAUCCACAAGGACAGAUGGGAAGUUACUUCGGUUUCAGUGUUGCGCUAAGGCACCAGGGAGCAACCCAUUGGUUGGUGGUGGGGGCUCCCCGUGGUAACUCGACGUACUUCAAACAUAUGUACCUCCAUCAGCCAGGAAUCGUAUAUCAGUGUGGCCUUCGAAAGGGAGGUGACUGCAUGCAGCUUGUUGUAGAUACUUCAGGUAAUCUGUGUGUGAUGAUGUACGUUAGGACUUUACAAUCUUCAAAAUCCCUGGGAUGGCAAUAAUCAUGCUAGUCAGGUUUUAAUUAUACAAACAUGAAUAAUAUAUUAAAUGCCAGCCGAACUCAAGUUACUCGAAUGACUUAUAAACAUAGUUAAAUGACUCCAAAAUUAAUCGACGUAACUUUUGAAAGUCUAAUUCUUUUUACAAAAUGUGGCUGUUCAUUUUCUGGUGAGAACUUUUCAGUCUUGAAAGCAAAGUCAGUUUUUGUGAGAAAUAUUAGAAUUACACAGCUUAUGUCGAUUAAUUUUAGAAAAUGUUAUCUGUAAGCCUGAACAUUAUGGAUAAUAAAUUGAAUAACCAUUAUCUUAAAUUUUAAUAUUUUAGAAUUAGUAAUCUUUUGAAGCUGUCAAUGUUGUAGAAAGUCUUAAUGAACGAGGGCCUAAACUUUUAUUUCAGCAAUCUGGAGUACACAGAGUUUCCGAAGACACUCUUUGAUGCUCUGUUAUGUUAUUCGAACCUAGACAUGCCACAAAUCUUUAGAUAAUCUGUAGUUCUUACUCUCCUAAUCACGCCGUCGUUAAAUACACUCCAUAUCGAAAAAUGGAACGAAAGUUAUAACGCGAUUUAAAAAAAAAAUCCUAGACUCGCCUGUAUCAGUUGAUUCAUCAUCCGAUUAAAUUAAUUACAGUAUCAAUGGACAGAUUGAAGAACAAAUAAAAAUGCUUUUCUUUGUGGAUUUCAGAGAGUAAUUUUUCAUUUUGAGACGCAACCCUAUUUUACCCAUGUAAAAGUCAAUUCACUUUACGCGAUUUUACAUUACGCGGAGAUUUCUCAGAACCAAUUAAUCGCGUAAUGCGAGGGUUACCUGUGUAUAUAUUGUAAAGUACUUCAAGUAUACACAAUUUUUAGCAAAGUGGGCGUUAUUUAUUUACAUAUUUGGUUUGUUAAUAUUGAGUUCUAUGUAAAAGACGGUUACGGAGGUCCGAUUUGGGUCGAAACGAAAUUCUUCAAACAACUUUCGAUAUAGUCCUAUUUUAUUUUAUUUAGUGUUCCGUCUGACGACAGGUCCAUAUGAAC